AGCGAGUAUUGUUUUGGCGUUACAAGGCAACAACCGCCGCGGAAGAACCGCCUAGCUGAUUUCGUCAUUGGCUCCUGGGAUCCCGUUUGACUCCAGUUCCCCGCCUCCCAUUGGUGCCAAAGCACAGCAGUCAGCUACGCUGGACUUCCCUUGCUGCAACUAACAAGAUGAAAAUGCGUGAGAAACUUCCCGGACAGCCCGCAGGCUGUGUGUAGAAGAAAGCUUUCUGAGGGACUGUGGCGUGUGUGGAUGUGUGUGUGAGGGGUUUAGUUCGUGACUCAUUUGUCCGGAAAAGUGCGUGAGUGGCCGGUCAGCAUCAAGUUAAAACUGGUAUUCCGCGAGCUGCAGGUAUCUUGUUUCCGUCGCCCUGGAAUGCUGUGCUGCUGCUGAUGCCAUAUUAGAAAAGCAGCAGGUGCGUCGAGAGGAUUGUUCUCGAUCAAGAAAAAAGCGAUACAUUGGAUGUUGAAUCAGCUGCUCUACGCCCGCGGUAGCGUCAGACCAUGACAGUCCCAGUGCAGUGACAGGGGCUGGCGAACGCUUAUUCCGGUGAGAUAAACUUGAAUCGCUUGGGUAGUCGGCGUUCCUCGUGUGGAACUGUUGAGCACCAGGUGUUUGUUUAGGGUUGCUCUGUGUCUUCCUUAUUACAAAUGUAUGGAUAUUUCUAUGGUAUCGAAAUCGUGGAAAUUUCAUUGCUACUGACGUGUUUUGACGUGCUGCUGGCUUGGUGUCAGCUAGCAAUUGCUCCUGCAUGCGUCUGCUUCACGCGGCUUGACACGCACUGUCUUGCUUGAGAGAGGUCUGUGCUAUAUCUCAACAGCCGCAGCCGACCUUGACGCUCCGCUGACCGCUCGGAGGAGCUGGACGAUGAGGGUGAUAUCUGCGCCGCUUCCUGCGGGCUGCUGACCAAGAGAUGUUAACCGAACUCAGCGCGCGCAUUGCCUUUCCGUCCGUCCCGGCAGCAGGAUCGUGUCCUAAAACCGAAGAGAAACUGUUCGUCCACAAAAGCAAAUAUUUCGCCGACAUCCUUUAAGUGUAACGAGGUGAAAACCACCGACGGUCAUGUCCAAAACACUGAAGAAAAAGAAGCACUGGUCUGCGAGAGUGCAGGAGUGCGCGCUCUCAUGGGGUAGCGCCGGGGAGCUGGCCUCCUUCGUGGAGGUGCGAGGGGGCGCCGAGCGAGGGGAAUUUCCUUAUCUCGGAACUGUGCUGGCGGAUGCGAUGGUUUGCCAUGUCGGCAGAUUCCCGAGCCCUGGAGAUGUGCUGCUGGAGGUCAACGGCACUCCCGUCAGCGGACUGACUAAUCGGGACACCAUUGCUGUGAUCCGCCACUUUCGAGAGCCUGUUCGACUUAAGACUGUGAAACCCGGUAAAGUUUUGAACACUGACCUGCGUCACUACCUGAGUCUGCAGUUCCAAAAAGGCUCGUUGGACCACAAGCUGCAGCAAGUCAUCAGAGACAAUCUGUACCUGCGUACGAUACCAUGUACCACCAGGCAGCCUAGAGAGGGGGAGGUGGCUGGGGUGGACUAUAACUUCAUCAGUGUGGAGGAGUUCCGCAUCCUGGAGGAGAGUGGGCAGCUCCUGGAAAGUGGCACAUAUGAUGGGAACUACUACGGCACUCCUAAGCCGGCGCUGGAGCCUGCUGGGGAGCAAGAGGCUGAGUACGGUGGCCUGUUUGAGGAGGACUUUGGGGAGGGCCAGCGUCGGAGGACGGCGUCGGUCAGCAGGAUAGAGCGCAGCAGCUCUGCCCCUGAGGAGGACGACGACGAUGAGCUGCAACCAGCCGUGCCCAACGGCCUCACAGUGCCGGAGGAUGGCGGCGGGAGCGGCCGGCGACCGGUGCCCAGCUACACACACCCACGCAACGCACUGGAGGUGGAGCCCAGCCUGGAGCCGCUGCCGGGCAACUGGGAAAUGGCCUACACCGAGACGGGCAUGGUCUACUUCAUCGAUCACAACACCAAGACAACGACCUGGCUUGAUCCCCGACAGGCCAAGAAAGCCAAACCUCCCGAGAAGUGUGAGGAUGGAGAGCUGCCAUAUGGAUGGGAACGGAUAGAGGAUCCGCAGUAUGGAGUCUACUAUGUGGAUCACAUCAAUCAGAGGACUCAGUUUGAAAACCCGGUGGUGGAGGCCAAGAAGAAGCUGGCCCAGGAAGUGGCCGCAGCCGGACAACCCAGCCAGAACCCAGCGGAGUGUGUGUGUGGGGGUGGUGGGUUCACGCGGGACCCCGGGGCUCUGCGGGGGACUCUGCUGCGGGCCGGCCUGAGGAAGAGCGCCGGGGGCUUCGGCUUCACCAUCAUCGGCGGCGACCGGCCCGACGAGUUCCUCCAGGUCAAGAACGUCCUCAACGACGGCCCGGCCCAGUACAGCGACAUAGCACCUGGUGAUGUGAUCGUGGAGGUGGACGGCCGCUGCGUCCUGGGCAAGACCCACGCCGAGGUGGUCCAGCUCUUCCAGGCCGUGCCCGUGGGCCAGCAGACUGACCUGCUGCUCUGCCGUGGCUACCCGCUGCCCGACGACUCGGCCUCCAGCCAGGACGGCACGGCCAGCGUCGGCGGAGGGGUCAUCGGCGAGGCCAUCCCCAUCCUCCUGCCCACCGUGGACGGGCAGAUGCUGCCAGCCGACGUGCUGGUGUCCCCGCUGGAUGGCACAGAAAGCACGCUGCUCCAGCCGCAGCUGGUGGAGGUGCCGCUGCAGAAGGGGCCCGGCGGGUUUGGCUUCGCCAUUGCCGACAGCCCGCUGGGCCAGAAGGUCAAGAUGAUCCUGGACGCGCAGAGCUGCCGUGGCCUGCUGAAGGGCGACGUCAUCAAGGAGAUCAACCGCCGCAACGUGCAGACGCUCAGCCACACGCAGGUGGUGGACCUGCUCAAGGAGCUGCCCAUAGGGGGCGCUGCCACGCUGCUGGUGCUCCGCGGAGGUCACACGUCUCCUGUGAAGUCUCUCAAGCCGAGUGCCAUGGCCUCACACCACAAGCAUGAGAAACAGGAGAAGCUAGAGAAGCAGGAUAGGAGCCCCAGUCCAGAGGUCAUGACCCCCACGGAGCCAACACCACCACCCCCACAGUCCCUCCCCUUCCCCCCUAACUUGAUUCGCUCUGCCUCUCCUAAGCUGGACCCCUCCCAGCUCUACCUCAAGUCCAAAGCCAUGCUGGAGAAUAAGCCUCCAAACACAAAGGAACUGGACGUGUUUAUCAAGCGGGACCAGGAGUCAGGCUUUGGCUUCCGGGUCCUAGGAGGAGAGGGACCGGAGCAGCCCGUGUACAUCGGUGCGAUCGUGCCCCUGGGGGCAGCGGAGCGGGACGGCCGUCUACGGGCUGGGGACGAGCUCAUCUGCAUCGAUGGCGCGCCUGUCACCGGCUGCUCGCACAAGCAGGUGUUAGACCUCAUGACCAACGCCGCCCGCAACGGCCAGGUCAUGCUGACCGUGCGCCGCAAACUCACCUACCUGGAUGGGACUGAGGAUGAGGCUGGCCAGGCUCUGUCCAGCGCUGUCCUGCCCCACAUGGCAGCCCAGGCCUACAACGUCACCCUGCAGCGCAAGGACAACGAGGGCUUCGGCUUCGUCAUCCUCACCUCAAAGAGCAAACCUCCACCUGGAGUGAUCCCUCAUAAGAUUGGCCGUAUCAUUGAGGGCAGUCCAACUGACCGCUGUGGUCAGCUGAAGGUGGGAGAUCGUAUCUCAGCUGUCAAUGGCCAGUCCAUCAUGGAGCUCUCGCACAAUGAUAUCGUCCUGCUCAUCAAGGAGGCAGGAACAGUCGUCACCCUGACAGUGGUGCCCGAAGAAGAACACAAUGGUCCAGUAUCGGGUACCAGCUCAGCAAAGGAGAGUCCAGCAGCACAACACAAAGCUAUGGGCCAGCAACCAGCCAGAGACGACAGAAAUGGAGAGGACAUGUCCUUGGUCGGAACCUUGGACAGCUCUGCACAGGGCUGUUUCCCUGUGGAGCUGCGGCGGGGUCCACGGGGCUUUGGCUUCAGCCUGAGAGGGGGUCAGGAGUACAACAUGGGCCUCUACAUACUGCGCCUGGCUGAGGAUGGACCUGCCCUCAGAGAUGGACGUAUACACGUGGGAGAUCAGAUUGUGGAGAUUAAUGGGGAGCCCACUCAGGGCAUCACUCAUACUCGUGCCAUUGAGCUCAUCCAAGCAGGCGGCUCCAGAGUACUGCUACUGCUGCGGCCAGGCCUGGGCCUCGUACCCGACUCCAGUGUGAGAGAGAUCGUGGCCCCCUCAUCCUCUGACCUCCAGCGCAACCCAGCCAGCAGUGACCCCAAUGAGCAUGCCGCCGCCUCUUCCCCCCACGCCACCGCCGACGAUCCCCUGCCGACGCACCCCGACCACCCGGUCAACGCCAACGCCGAGUCCGGCCUCCGCGUCUCCCCCGAGCGAUCCGGGCGAGGUGGGGAGCGCUCGCGCAGCCCCCGCAAGAAAGACCGGACCACGUCCAGCUCCAGUGCCGUCGCCGCGGCACCGGUGCCGGGGGGGACAGGGGACCGGAGGGGUCCGGCCCAGCGCUCCACCAGCCCCCGGAAAAGCUCCUCUCGGCGGGAGCAGGAGGCGCAGAGGCCGGAGGAGGUGGCGAGGGAUAGGAGGCGCAGGGGAGACGAGAAGCCCGACCACAGGCACGACCGAGAGACCGGUGAGGUCCAGCCGACGGACGCCACCAAGGGAACCAGCGAGAGGCGCCGCAGGGACAAGGCAGGCCAGACGCAGACACACAAGGAGCCGGCCGGCCUUGACUCCGAUGGCGGCGGAACGCUCGGCCGAAAGACUCACCGAGACCGGGAGGCCAACAAAGAGAGGGAGAGAGAGGGAGGAAGGGACGGAGAGAGGAGAGAGAGGGAGGGCAAAGGAAGGGAGGGUAGGGAUGGCAAGCCCAGAGCAGGAGCGGAGACCGAGGAGAGCCGGAGAGAGGCCAGGGGCUCCAACAGUAGCCUUGCGACGGAUCCCUCGGGCCGGGAUAGGAAAGCCCCGAUCACCCCUGGGCCCUGGAAGGUACCCAGCUCCUCCAGGAUCCAGUCCCAGGUAGACGGACUCUAAAGCACGACCCUCUAGAGGCUGCCACAGAGGUGGACUUCGAGCAGUGGAGGAUCUGGGGUCACUUAGUCAGUUGGACCUCUAGGCUGUGUCCAGCUGAUCAGGACGUUGCGGUUCGGCCGGGCGUGGGCUUGACACUGCCACCCACAUGAAGGAUUUCUUGUGCCAAACCCACACUCACACCAGAAGGACACUUGUACUGCUCUCCUUAUGACUCUCUCUUUCUGGGAAGGAAAAAACAAAAACACUAACUCUUCUCUCGGGACUCUGGCGAACGGCUCACCCCAGUCCUGACAAAUGAAGGAAGUUGGGCUCUCACUGCGGUGCGGGUCUGUUACUCACAACCAGGACUGUCUUUCCUCGGCUCCCAACCAGAGGUGGCCAAACCCCCAUGACCUACCACAUAUAGACCACUUCUCCGCUUCAGCUCCGGAGACAGUCUCCAGACUCCUCCAGGCUGACGCCAACCUAACUAUCUCUGAAGACCAGACACUUGUGCUCAAGCAUUAUUGUUUACUUAUGUGUGUGUUUAUGAAAGAAAUGUGUAAUUUAUGGAGGUAAUAUAACAAAUGUAAUAUAUCGCUCUAUCUCCCUAUCUCUUUUCUCUCUCUCUCUCUCUCUCUCUCUCUCUCUAUAUAUAUAUAUAUAUAUAUAUAUAUAUAUAAAAAUCUAUAUUCCUGUCCAUAGCCUACUGAGCCAUGACACACAAUGCUUUAAAUGCCCUGGAGCUCCGACCAGAGCCUCUUCCUUCCUUCAGGUUUACUCCGAGUGCUGGCCUCUGGGGCUGCGCACCCAACGUGUUCCACUGGCUUGCAGGUCUGACUGACCAGAGGAGUGUAGCUUUAUUUGUAUGUUGACUACAUUUGUACCACUGGGGGUGGGGAAGGGGGCUUUACGUGUUCUCUGGACGUUGACACAAGGAAUUGACUGUCAAAAUAAAAGUGUGGUUGCAUCAAUCAUGGGGUCGGUGGAAAGGGUUUGUCAUGUUUUGAGAUUAUCAUUUUUUUCUGUUUAAUCCAGUCAGGUGUGUGUGUGUGUGUGUGUGUGUGUGUGUGUGUGUGUGUGUGUGUGUGUGUGCGUCGCGCGCAUGUGCUUCAUGAUUUUUAAUUGUGCAUGUUUAGGUGUAUUGCACAUUUGCUUUUAGUCUUUAGCCAGCAUUAGUUUCGAAUAUAGGAUGCUGUGAAAUUGAUUCGCAAUUUAUUCAGUCACGUGUUAGUCAUGUCUGAAGUUGCCUGUAACCACGUGUCUGGAGUGCGCUUUGGAGGGGCAUGUUGGUGAGGGACGGGCGUUCCUCAUGGGUUAUGCAUGUGAAUGCAGCUUCAGGUUUCUCCUUCAAACAAGCAACACAACACUGAUACAGUGUAUAGCAUAACUGACCUGACAUGACAGGUGUUCAUGAUGUUCAUCAUGCUCUAUGCCAGCUAUCAAAAUUCUACAGUAUUUUCAACAUGUCUGACUAAUAUGCUAGCAUAAUAACCAUUCCCAAGAAGUGUCUCUCCCUUGUUGGAGCAACAAUCACAUCUCUAUAGUACACCCAAGCCCCUAGGCUGCCCUCUGCAGUAAUACUGCAUGUCAAUUUGACAAACGAUGGUUCCUGAGAGGAGAGGCGUGCCUCAAGUUAAGGGGGCAACUUAUAUCACUGGAAUUAGACAUUCCCUCUAGGUUUAUAACAGUACCAAAGGUUGCGCAAUGGUUCCCGCUCAUUAGGGGAGAAACGGACAGAAAUUACACGGGAACCUGAAGCUAUUUUUCUUACAUAGGCUAUCAAGACGAAGGCUACUCGCUGUCUACAUUGUAUAUUCAGUCCGGUGAACUCUUGACUCGAUUAUUCCUGUGACUUUACAGUGCAGCCUGCCUACUCAUCCUGUUGUGUUGCUGCAGUGUAUUUUCAGUGCCGUCUCAUGGUAGGCGUGUGUGUGGGUGUGUGUUUAUACUGUGGCCUUGCAUCGCUUUGACGGAUAAACCUGCCUCUCCGUCUCUACAUGACGCGGUGGUUGUAAAUGUUCAUUGAAGUGUACAGCACCUGUAUGAAUACUGGCCUCCACUCAGUAAAAGACUAUAGGCUAAUGUGUACAUAAGUCGCUCCAUUAUUUUUGUAAAUUAUAAGGAAGAUGAUUUAUCUACUUUAGUGAGAGUGAUAUACUGAUGUGUAAACUAGUGUCCAUGACAUCAUGCUGAUGCUGAAAUAAAGUUUUA